GUGCGCCAUGGCAGCCGCCGGCGGGCUGCUCCUCCACGUUGCGGAGUCCCCGGCCGGCGGCCCCGGGACGCUCUCCGGACCCCGCUGGGCCCAGGCGAGGCGGCAAGCAGAGGCCACCAAAAGAAAACACCAAGCAUCCGGGGAGGCUCCCCCAGCGAAGCGGAGGAGCAAGGCAGCGUUUCUCCUGGCCGAGAAAGCUGCUGCUAAAGAAACACAAAGGACUUUUAAGGGGAAGGCACAGAAAACAUUUUCUCCAAGGAAAUCUUUGGUCGGUGUGAGUGACGGAACCCGAGAGCAGAAGCUGUGCGUUAGGACUUCAUCGUUAUUUAAAAACAACCCUGAAAUCCCAGAGCUCCACAGACCUGGAGUAAAGCAGGUGCGAGAAGAGGUGUUCACUUCGGAAGCUUUCCAUGAACUGGACCUCCACCCACAUUUAAUUUCCACAAUAAAUACGGUCUUAAACAUGACUAGUAUGACCAGCGUUCAGAAGCUAAGUAUUCCGGCGUUGCUAGAAGGCAGAGAUGCUCUGGUGAGAUCACAGACGGGCUCAGGUAAAACUCUUGCCUACUGCAUCCCUGUGGUCCAGUCUCUUCAAGCAAUGAAAUCAAAAAUACAGCGCAGUGAUGGCCCCUACGCCCUGGUGCUGGUGCCGACACGAGAGCUGGCUCUGCAAAGCUUUGACACUGUCCAGAAACUGCUUAAGCCAUUUACCUGGAUUGUGCCUGGAGUGUUGAUGGGAGGAGAGAGAAGGAAAUCAGAAAAGGCCAGACUCCGCAAAGGAAUAAAUAUCCUUAUCUCGACUCCUGGGCGGCUGGUGGAUCAUAUCAAAUCCACGAAGAACAUUCAUUUUCGUCAGAUACGGUGGCUGAUUUUGGAUGAAGCAGACAGAAUCCUGGAUUUGGGUUUUGAAAAGGAUAUCACGGUGAUACUCAAUGCUGUAAAUGCUGAGUGCCAGAAACGACAGAACGUCUUACUGUCGGCGACACUCACAGAAGGUGUGACCCGGCUAGCUGAUAUCAGCUUGCUCAACCCGGUCAGGAUUUCUGUCCUGGAGGAACACGGUGCCGGGUCUGGGCCACAGGGCGGAGCGGUUCCGGAGGCCUCCCCUCUCCCAGCCGGCAGCGAGCCGGACAGCUUUGCGAUUCCGGAAAGUCUCCAUCAGCACGUGGCACUGGUUCCCAGCAAACUGAGGCUCGUCUCCCUGGCGGCCUUCAUCCUGCAGAAGUGCCAGUUUGAAAAAGACCAGAAGAUGAUCGUCUUUUUCUCGAGUUGUGAGCUGGUGGAGUUCCACUACCACCUCUUCCUGCAGACCCUGCCGAGCCGCUUCGGGGCCCCAGCAUCCGGGCCACCGCCAUCUGCGUCCACGCGAUUAAAAUUCCUGCGGCUGCACGGCAACAUGGAGCAGGAGGAAAGGACAGCAGUGUUUCAAGAAUUCUCGCAUUCCAAGACAGGCGUCCUUCUUUGUACGGAUGUUGCAGCUCGGGGCUUAGAUCUCCCUCAGGUCACGUGGAUUGUUCAGUACAACGCGCCGUCGUCACCUGCUGAAUACAUCCACCGGAUCGGGAGAACCGCCCGGAUUGGCUGCCGUGGGAGCAGCCUGCUCAUUUUGGCUCCUUCGGAGGCAGAAUAUGUCAACUCGUUGGCUUCUCACAAAAUCAACAUUUCUGAGAUGAAGAUGGAAGAGAUUUUGUCUGUUCUGACAAGGGAUGACUGUUUCAAACGGGGCCGGUGCGGAAGCCAGAAAUCCCGUGCUGCCGGCCCCCAGGAAAUCCGAGAGCGAGCCACAGUCCUGCAGACGGUAUUUGAAGAUUACGUGCACUCCAGUGAGAGGAGGGUCUCCUGGGCAAAGAAAGCUCUGCAGGCCUUCAUCCGCGCCUACGCCACCUACCCCCGGGAGCUGAAGCCCAUCUUCCAUGUCCGGUCGCUGCACCUCGGCCACGUGGCCAAGAGCUUCGGGCUGAGGGAUGCCCCCCAGAAUCUUGGUGUCACAGCUGUGAAGAGAAGGAAAGCAAACCUGAGCAGGCCUGACCUUCAUAAGAAGACCUGGAGUAAACACUGCCUCGCUGAGAUCUUGCGUUCGGAAUACUCAAGUGGGAUGGAGGCCGGCGUCGCCAAGGUCAAAAAGCAAAACAAACAGGCAGAGCCCGGCAGCCAGCCACGCAAGCGCUGUCUGCCCCCGGCGCCCAGCCUCAGCCGUGGGAAAAACUAAGAAACGCUUCCCGUGAAGCAGAAAACCCCAAAUAGACUUAACUGGGGGACAACAGGACUUCCCCCCAAAAGUUUUCAGUUCUUUUUUUUAACUCUGCCUCCACAGGCUGGGGCUGAUGCCCUGUCCUUGUCGGGAGCCUUGUGGGAAGUAAUGGUGCCACUUUUCCCUGAACACCAUGUCCCCGACCCGGAGAAGCCACAGCCCUCGUCCUGGCAGAGGCGGGGUUAAUGCUUACCUUUGUGAGAGAGCUUAUACUUCGCAUCUCUUCCACCAGAACCAUCUUGGCCCCGGGGUUGCAGGCACUUCUUGACCUCCUCGAGGGCCUGGUGGGGCCGGCAUCAGCGGGAGUCCUCUUCCUGCCUCGGGACACGGUUCUGAACAAGUCUCAGUUUUCAUUAGCUGCCCUGUAUCAGCCACAUGGACUAGCACGCAUUUUGGAAAGUAGGAUUUUAAAAACUGGAAUGCAGUUUGUGAAAGUGAAAAAAAAAGACAUCAGCUCCUUUUCUUGAUAUACAAGUGCUUUGUGGAGAAGGACCCAGCAGGUUAGGGUGGGGGUCAGAAGGCUCCCGGUCCUGCCCGCGAGCUGCUCUGAACCG